AUGUGGUCACUGAAUAUACCAUAUUACGUUAAAGUCGGCGUAGUAGCGUCCCUUAUUGCGAUGCUCUUCGGAUUUGACACUGGCAUGAUCGGCCCGGUCACAACUAUGCCGGCCUUCUCGUCCAGCUUCGGCACCUUCAGCGCGACAGUCCACGGUGUCAUCGUCUCCUCUGUUCUCAUCCCCGGUGCAAUAACAUCCCUCGCCGCUGGACCACUAGCCCAUAGUUUUGGGCAUGUCAAGAUCAUUGCCAUUGGCUCGUUGAUCUAUGGUGUCGGUUCCGCCAUUGAGUGCGGCACACCGAGCCUAGGAGGCUUCAUCUUCGGUCGUCUUAUAAAAGGUGUAGGUAUCGGUCUUUUCUUGAGCAAUGUAUGGGUCCAGAUCUCCGAGACAUCUCCCUACCACACUCGAGGCAUUAUGAAUGCUUUGCCGCUGUUUUUUGUAGGCUUGGGAAUUGUGCUGGGAUUCUUCACCUGCUACGGGACGGCUCGUCUAGGCAAAUCUCCCGCAGCCUGGAGGAUUCCACCUGCCCUUGGAUGUGGACUCGGAGUCUUGCUAUCCGUGUCAUAUUGGAUACUUCCACCUUCACCACGCUGGCUAUUGUCCAAGGGUCGGAUUCAAGAGGCUCGCUUGAUUGCCAAUAAACUUGGCCUUGACGAGAAGGAACAGGAAGGGAUGUUUUCGCAGUUCGAGACUCCAACUGCCCAACCGGAAACGACCAACUCCUUUUUCCUCCAAGUCGUGCAUCAUACACAGCAAGAGUUCAAACAGGCAUUCCAGGCCCAUUUUCGAGGAAGAACUCUGUUCGGAUGCUUUCUCAUGGCUUUGCAACAGCUGUCUGGAAUUGACGGCGUUUUAUACUACGCCCCUACCCUCUUCGCACAAGCUGGACUACGUGGUGAGAGAGCAUCUUUUUUAGCAUCCGGCUGCUCUGCUCUGGUGAUUCUCAUUGUCUCAAUCCCGGCUGCCAUCUUCGCAGAUCACUGGGGCAGGAGAACUGCAAGUAUCCUCGGUGGCGUACUCAUCUCGAUACUUAUGAUCCUCAUGGGUUCACUGUAUGCCGCCAAGUCGGUGCAUGAGGACUCAGGCCCAGGAAGAUGGAUAGUAAUCGUGUCCAUCUACCUAUUUGCAGGCGUUUACAACGCAACAUGGGCUGUCUGUUUGCGUUCUUCUCUAGUGGAGAGUCUACCGAAGGAAACUCGCAGUAGUGCGUCGAGUCUCGCACAGAGCUGCAACUGGAUUUCAAACUACAUAGUUGCACUUGUGACGCCGAUUCUUCUAUCAAAAUCUUCGUACGGUGCUUAUUUUCUGUAUGCGGCUUUCACACUUGCAGGCACAAUCGUUAUUGCAAUAGGCAUGACAGAGACACAAGGCCACAGCUUAGAGGACAUCGAAAAGCGAUACAACGAAUCUCGCCAGGAGGUAGAAGCAACCAUGGUCGCAGACGAAGGCGGAAGAGGAACGGGGAAGAAUGACGGAUGA